CCCCGCCGUCGCUCCUGUCUAAGCCUCUUCUGAGUCUCACUUCCUAAACCUGUGUUCUAUUCUGGCUAUGUAUGCUCGAUCGAAAAUUCCGAAACUCUCCGUCACUAUCUGUAUUCAGUCUCGAUGAACCUUAGACUUGCGUCAUUCGAAAUAAUAUAAAACCCUCCAGACCGCUUGAGCAUAGGGAAAAUCUCUUUCUGCACAUUCUUCUCUUAUAAAAUAUGCGUUGGCAUCAUUUUCUUUGCUGCUUGCCCUUGCGUCUGGGUGUCGUGAUCAUCACAGCUCUGACGUUCCUCGGCAGCGCUCUUGUCGCUGCAGGAGGAUGGAUUAACGUCAAAGAUAUCAUGAAUCACUCGCUCGUCCUAAGCAAAAGCCACGAAAUCAUGGUCUGGGUCACCGCCGCUCUAUACACCUUCAUCGUCCUCAUCUCUCUCUUCGGUUUGAUCGGGGCACUCACAGCAAGAGUAAAGCUGGUUGCAGCGUUCAAUGGCAUGCAAUUCGGCUCGUUCAUCGCCAGCUUGGUUCUAGGAGUCAUUGCCUUGAUCCAGCUGUACAGCAAUAAAUACGAUAACCAAGCUAGCACCGACUGCACGAAUUCCUUCGAGGGCGACCUCAGCGCCCAGGACGCAGUAAGUGUUUGUCGUACUGCACUAAACGUAUCAAAAGCGGCGAUUACUGCGAUUUACGCCCUCAUAUGGUUGAUCCAAUUCUAUGGCCUGUUCAUAGUGCACAGCUACGUCCAAGAAUUGAGGGAGAGGAAGUAUCCAGCUGUCAAGUACACAGUUGUCAAGGUGUGAGCCUUACGGUGUCAUGUUCUACGAAGGGAUCCACACAUCUGUAUUCUUAUAUUGCUCCUUCAACGGAUUUUGUUUCACUCAACUGCGAG